AGCUGUGUAGCGACAGAAGCAAACCCGUGAGUCAGCGCCACGGGACCGGUGUGCGGCGGCGCGAUCGAUAGACACUGCACCCCUCCCCGGCCGCCCCCUGCACCUGCCCGGGCAUCCGCACGCCGUCCGCACCGCACGACAGAAAAAUAACCGAGAAAAUCCGCGAAAAACCACCAAUAAUAUUAAUAAACCGAAAAUAAUUAAACCGCCAAUACUUCCGGUUCAGUAGUUCAAGGUCGCGCCGGUCGUCGACCCUCGUUAAGUUGGCAAACCCUCGGCGCACUGUGCCAUGUAGUCGGCACAAGCAAUACGUAUUUAUUAUUGAGGCGUAAAUUUAUUUUUAAUUAUUACGUGAAGUGGGCAAGGCCGUAUAUUACGCCGAGCACAAAUGUUGAUUCGCCACCAUUACGAGAGCGCGCGUGCUCGAAGCCAGUUCACGACAAAGGAUUUCGCGUUGUUUCCCACUGAGGACUGAGAAUUGUGGAUAACAGUGAGUGAUGGCAUCCAAGGUGCUCGUGCCGACGGCGCCGUUCGCCAAGCUGCAAAUAAAGAAGGCUCCAUCAGAACCUAGCGGCAGUGGGUUCAUCAUCGGCGGUGGAGAUGCAGCAGCGAGGGUUGCACAUUUGGAGCACAGUGUGCGCUUCCUACAGGAACAGCAUCGGUUAAUGCUUAGCGGACUACAUACCGAGAUAGAAGCCUUAAGAGAGAGGAACCGAGACUUGCAGUUCCAAUUGAUAUUCAAUAAAGAAUCAUCACCAAAGACUGCAAACACUCCUGCGACUGCCGAGGAGAAUGGUGAAAACAAUGAGAGGGAAACAAACCUGAAACGCGAGGUGACCCGUCUCGAGCGCGAGGCAGCAGCAGCACGGGGUGAGGCACGAGCUGCAGAAGCUCGCGCGCUCCAGUUACAAAGGAUAGUCGACGCGCAGACUGAGAAACUGCGCGAACUGGAGCUGAGAAAGUGCAGCGUGUGCCAGGAGGGCGCGGAGGGACGCGCAGGCGCAGGCGCAGGCGCAGGCGCGGCGGAGGAGAGCCGCGCGGAGCUGCGCGCGCGGCUGGCGGAGGCGGAGCGGCUGGUGCGGCGCCUGCGCGGCGACGCCGAGCGGCAGCGCAGAGAGGUACUCGCGGCGGCGGCGGGGGGCGCCGUCACUAACCUCUUGUUUGACGGCGCGGCCGCGCGACACGCACACUUGCAGUGCAUGAAGAACUCUUUGCAUGCCAGUCUCCGAGCGAGUGGCCUCGAUGGAGGUUACGGGUACCAGAACAACUACCACUUUCCGCCAGUACACACGCCAGAGUUCUGGCGGGAGCCGCUUAGAGAGGAUUACAACCUAGUGGGGUCCCGGGGGCGGAGCACCCGGCGGCCGCUGACGCUGCCCGAACUGUCGGGCCAGCAGAUACACCGCUCCACCGUGUAUGCUAAUAAUCAUACACGGGGCCGAGGAGCGAACGGAUACGAUUCAAAGAACAAAAAGGGCCCCACGACGAAUGGUGAGGCGGCAGUCGUAAAAUCGCCCGAAGAACCAUCAGUUAUAUCCCGUUUCAAUACGACAUGCACGAACGUUUUAUCGAAAACACGAAAUAAACAUAUAGCGGACCAAAUGACAAUGUAUCCAGAGUUGAAAAUCGUGGUAACAAAAAUGAUACAUCACGAAAAGGCGAGCACAACAGAGAACACGCGGCCGAGGCAGCGCAAGCAUCGCAAGCACGCGCCGGACCACACGUAACUGUCGUCUCGCUUACACCGCCCCGUGCCGACGAGGAUGGACGAUAUCGCGUGCUAACCGGCUGUAGCAGAGGUUGAAAUCGUGCUAGUCAAUUGAUAACGAUAAAAUGCAAUGUCGAUAGUAAAAACGUUCCUAAUAUAGCCCUUAUGUAAGCGAGCAAACUGUCAAGCACUAGAGUCAAACGAGUGCUAACUUUAUAGGCGGAAUUAGACGGUUCAAAUCGAUUUUAACCUUUUUAUGCUUCAUCGAUAAAAUCUAUAGUGAAAUUGUCUAAACAGGACUUUUAUAAUUCAUCGGUAAUGUGCCUUUGCGAUGAAAGCUUCCGACUAACAAUUGUUUUCACCAAUAUAGGUCUUCCACAAGCUAUAUUCAUCGAAAAUUAACAGCAAAUUUAACGUCAAAGUUGUGACAAGCUCAACUUCUAGCGUAAUGGACUGUGGGUUCGCUCGCCUUUCUUAAUUAUACAAUUAAUCACUUUUGAUGAACAAUUUAAGCAAAUAAUGUUCACCAUACAUUGCAAAAUGAGUCAAAUUUAAUGAACCAUCUAAUUUCAGCCUAGUCGUAUUUGUUAAGCAAACUCUUUGAAGUUACGAGGAAAUUAGUACUUAAGCUCGUUUGAACAAGAAGCAUUUUGCUUGCUCGGUGGCAUGUGAAAGGUCUCUUAUGCAAUGAAGUGAUUUUGCGGAUGUGAACGUAUUUUAAAUGUUUUUUAUUUAUAUUGUAAGCAACAAAUAUAUUAUAAUCGAAUAUAUGAUAACCCGUUGUAAUAAAAACUUUGUAUAUUGUUCUUAUUUUAACACGUAUAGUAGUGAACUAGUGGAUGAUAUAGAAUCUCCCGUACGUACAGCGCCAUCUACCGCUCAAUGCAAAACUGUAACAGUUGGAACCCAUGACUAGAUGGCGUAAGAAGCGACAUGCUUGCUUUCUAUUUGAUAUAUACACGAUGCAAAUGUUGCUCUUUGUAAAAUUAUUUUACUUUAUUGUAAGGACCAUAUGAACGAAUUUUCUAAUAGAUUUAAGUUAAAAUUAUUAUAUAAUUUAAUUCAUAAAACAGUAAUUUGACGAAAAUAUUAAUUUAAAAUAUUAAGAGAUAAAUUUAAAGAAAUGACACCUUAGAAUCGGUCGUAUUAUGAAAUAUAUAGGACUGCCGGUCCUACCUCUAUAUUUUUAUGGGAUUGCUGCAUUGUUGCUGGCAAAUAUGUAGAAAUACAAUUUCAACCUCUGCUGUUAGCUGGCUUCUAUACGUAUAGUAUUUCGCCCAAGAUAACAUGUUCUGAUAGAAGGGGAUGCUACUGGUACCGAGCCUUUUACUAGCACCGUGGAAAAUAAAACAUAAAUUGGGCAUUCCAAUUAAUGAAGCGACUAAAUGCGAAAUGGCGAAUACGUGAUAGAUUUUUGUAGUUACUUUUGUUAAUUUUUUAUUAAUAGAUAAAGUAUUAAGACCUUUUACUGCCUUGAAAAUUUUUGCUUAUUCAGCAAAAGAAUUAAAUUGUUCAUUAGAAUAUUUUUGUUGCAUUACAAUUUUGAAUGAAACAAGCUCGUGUUCUGUAUUUUCUUCAGGUAUCAUCUUGUAUUUGCUUUAUUAGAACUGAAGGGCAUGAACUUUGAAACGUUUUUCUUUUUUUGCAUUUUAGAAAAUUUACAAAUGAGAGGGUGAAUGGACUGAAGUUUUAAAAAAAUGAUUAAAUUAAACAUAAAACAACCUAAAAACAUGGAGGCGUUCAAACAUGUACAUGUUUAUUGCUAAAUGUACGGUUAGGACUGUAUUUCCUUGAAAUAAAUACUUCUUAUAUACCUUUAUUACCGUGUUUAUGAUAAAUUGAUUACGCAUUUUGUGUACCUGAUUAUUAACUGUUGACUAUUUUGUAUUCCACGAUGCAAUAUUACACAGGAUUUGUGUCCAAAUGGCCAGAAAAAGUUUUCAUUGAAUUCAGUUGGGAUCAUGUGCAUUUUUACUAGUACAGUCAACAUCGAAAUUCGAUGAACACACACCAUUGAAGUACGCAAAUAGCAUAACAGGUUUUGCUCCAAAAUUUGAUGGUAUAAGGUCAAAAUUAGCCUAAUAUAAACAUAUGUAUGUUACAUAGUGGAGUUUCAAAAACUUGACAUGUUCCUCGAUUUUUGAUAGUAACCGUGCUUUUAAACUGGAAUAUGUUGACAAAGAAAAUAUGCAGUUGUAUCCAUAUUUUAAAGUUGCCAAAAGCAGUCACUUUGUUUCCAUUUCUGGAUUUUGCUAAUUUGGAGAAAUGCGGAUUAGUUAAUAACGUCUGGUGAUUUAGAAGGACUUCUUUUCUGGGUUGUUUAUGAUUUACGCUAUAAGAUUUGUGGUUUUUAUACGAAGAAAAACUUAAAGCCAUUGUUAUAUUUAGACGAUAUUUUGUGGUUUAUGUAAAGUAAAUAAAUAUUGUUUUUUUUUUAAUACUGCAGAAUAGAAUUCACCUACUUACGUGAAACAGUAAAAUGCUGUUUGUUUAAUGUUUAGACUAUCGCAUUACAUGUUUUAUGGUUUAUAAGACACGGGAAUUAAUGUGAUCAUUUUGGUAAACUGUGAUAAUUUACCAGAGUUAUCUCGACGUUUCGACCAUGUUACACCGGCCGUGGUUGCGAGUAGACUGGUGUACUGCUGUCAUGUCUCUGUUUCUAAGGCAGAAUUUUCCUUCUACCCACCCAUCGGUUACCUAAAUGAUUGCAUCAGUUCAUGUCUCCUAUUAAAACCUGUUUUUCUAUUUUCUAGUAAAAACAUUUUUACAUCUUUGUACCCUGUUUUGUUAACUACAAAUCUUAUCGCGUCAUCUUAAAUGCUAUAGACAAAACCAGUAACUUAUAUUAGCAUUUAUUAACAUCGUAUGGAUACCUAACACAGAAUCGUUAUAUACUAUGGAGCCUUAUCUAUGGUUAGUGCGUGCAGUGUAGUAAACGGCUUUACGAAAGGAGUCUUCUGGCGAUUUUCUUGGUUAGAGAGGUAGUCUUCACGUCGUUCAUUACUACGACGGAAUAUUCCCAAAGGAAUUCACAUCGGGGUCAUCAUUAAAUGUAAUAUAAAUUGGUCUCACUUUUUCGCGCUUAGCCUCUCAUUUAGACCGUUGUGUGUAUGAGUCGUGACUAGUACAACCAGACAAGCUCCGCCCAGAAGCACAGACGUUUCCUGGAAUCUUCACAGGCUUAACGGAGCGAUCUUUCUGUUUCGAGGAUUUCAAACAUUGAGGGGCCACAGUUACACAUUCCAGGAUUACGUGAACAGCCGUUUAGUAGACUUCAAAACAGCCUCGACAUAGAUGGCUUUCGGUGGCCCUUAUGGUGUAUAACAGUUUAUUUAAAUGGCAAUGAUACGUUAUGUGGUCACCAGGUUACCACUGUUGUGGAUUGAAUCGAUAUGACGAGGUUAACAGUGCAGUAUAUUUUAACCGAUUGAUUAUUUACUUACAUGUCACUUGCAACUGACAAUUUUAAAAGAUGAAAAUGAUUUUAAAUACUAGAUAAAAGGUAGUUAAGAUAGAAAUAGUGGGGCGAAACAUGAACCCAGCAAAUUCAGUGCUAAAUUGGCAAUUUAAAAACCUCUUAAUAAAUAAACUAUUUCCUUACUAAACUGCACGCACUAACACAGAUAAGACUGCAUAUGUAACAGCAUGGUUUUUUUUGUAGAUCCUGUGAUAUACCUUUUUUAACAUAGCCUUACUGUUUUAACUAUGUUUUUUUCUUAAUACUUAAGGCUCAAUAUUUGAUUCGUGAAUUUUGCGAAAUCCAUUUAUGACGCUAUAUUUAAUAUGGUAUUGUAACAGAUUUUAGUUUUCAUUGUUUCAUUGAUAUUGCUACUGUUACCUGUGGAUCUAUUUAUAAAAGAUUAGCUUAGAAGACUAGUUUUUACCAGCGACUAUGAUCGGGAUAUGUUUACUGGUCGAGAUAAAAAUUAGCCUAUAUCCUGCUCCAUCCCAUAUACGUAUAUACUUCAUAGUGAUUACUUAUAUCCUUAGAUUAUAUAGAUCAACUUUUACAUACAAUUUUGCGUGAUAAAUAAUUAUGAUUCCUUUAUAACUUCUAUAUUUAUUUUGUCUUAUAAUUUAUGCAUCUUUUUAAUGCGUAAACACUCAUUUUAUUUAUUAAAUAAUGUCAUAAUGCAUU